CCUCCUCCUCCUCUUUCUUCUUCUUCCUCUUCUUCUUCUAUACACCCUCCUCCGUCGUAUUCUCCUCAUUCACCACCAUGUCCGACUUCAAGACCUUCGAGACCGAGCUCACGCUCAAGUGCGGCGUCACCCUGCCCAUCUUCCUCAAGUACAAGACCUACGGUGAUCCCAAGAACCCCGUCAUCCUCAUCCCGACCUGCUACACCGGCCGCAUCAACUCGACCUACAACAUGAUGCUCGGCGACGACGACGCCGCCUCGCCCAAGAAGUACUUUGUCAUCGUCGUCGGCCUCCUCGGCGGCUCCGAGUCCUCCUCGCCUUCGACCCAGCCCGCGCCCUUCGACGGCGCAAACUUCCCCGAGACCGUCUACGAGGACAACAUCCACGCGCAGUACAAGCUCGUGCAGUCGCUCGGCUACGACAAGAUCUUCGCCUACAUGGGCUACUCCAUGGGCGGCCAGCAGGCGUACUACUUUGCGUCCAUGUACCCCGACAAGGUCCAGAAGAUCGUGCCCAUGGCCUCGUCCGCCCAGACCUCGGGCUUCAACUGGAACUUCCUCGAGGGCGUCAAGGCCACCGUCAAGGCCUCGUCCGACUUCAAGGCAAACACCUACACCGACCCCGUCAUCAUCGGCACCAAGGCCUUCGGCCGCGUCUACUCCAACUGGGCUCUCUCCUACGAGUGGUUCGAGACCAAGGCCUGGGAGGUCCACGGCUUCAAGUCCUCGGAGGAGUACCUCCAGAAGGACUGGGAAGAGCGUCUCACCACCUGGGACGCGCGCGAUCUCGUGCAGAUGGCGGUUACCUGGCAAAAGGGCGACAUCGCGACCUUCGCCGACGGCGACCUCGCUGCCGCGCUCGGCAAGAUCCAGGCCGAGGUCUGCGUCAUGCCCAGCAGAACCGACCAGUACUUCAGAUGGGAGGCCAGUGUUAAGGAGGUCGCGGCUCUCAAGAAGGGUGAGCUCCACAUCAUCGAGUCGGUUUGGGGACAUAUCGUCGGUGGUGGCGCGGGUACUCCUGAGGACAAUGUCUUUAUCAACAAGACUGUCGGCGAGUUCUUUGCCAAAUAAGUGUAGCUCCUGGUUUGAGAUAUGAGUUAUUUUGAUUCUGAUCUUUCUUUAUGGCGAUGUAAAUAUACAGUAAUAACAAUAAUGAUAACGUGACCAUUUAAUC